AUGACAGAAGAACGCUUUUUCAUAGAUUGGGGCAAUGAUAAGCUUCAUAGGACUCAGAAACAGGUGGAGAAAAAUCCCUAUGAUCUCGAAUCCUGGUCGAUCCUGCUCAGAGAAGCCCAGAACAAGCAUAUUUCUGAGGUCCGUGCAUUAUAUGAACACCUGAUAGGUAUUUUUCCUAGUGCUUCUAGAUAUUGGCGCAUAUACAUAGAUCAUGAGAUGAGGGUCAGGAACUUUGAAAGAGUUGAGAAGCUUUUUCAAAGAUGUUUGAUGAAGAUUUUGAAUAUUGAACUGUGGAAAUUAUAUCUCACCUAUGUGAAAGAAACUAAGGCUACCCUACCAACAUACAAAGAAAAAAUGGCCCAAGCUUAUGAUUUUGCAUUAGACAGAAUCGGUAUGGAUAUUCAUUCAUACUCUAUCUGGAACGACUAUGUAAAUUUUUUGAAAGGAGUCGAAGCAGUGGGUUCAUAUGCCGAAAAUCAAAAAAUAUCGGCAGUCAGGAAGGUAUACCAGAGGGGAAUUAUCACUCCCAUGACUGGAAUGGAAACUUUCUGGAAAGAUUACAUAGCAUUUGAACAGAAUAUCAAUGCCAUAAUCGCCGAAAAAAUGAGCAUUGAAAGAAGCAGAGACUACAUGAAUGCAAGAAGAGUUGCUAAAGAACUUGAAGUCCAACUGAGAGGUAUAAAUCGGAAUGCCCCUAGUGUUCCACCAAAUGGAACACCAGAAGAAAGAAAACAGGUUGAGCUAUGGCAAAAAUACAUAGCUUGGGAAAAAAGUAACCCUCUACGUACAGAAGACACUGCUCUAUUGACAAAGAGAGUGGUCUUUGCACUUGAACAAUGCCUACUCUGUUUGGGACACCAUCCAGAUAUUUGGUAUCAAGCUGCUCAGUUUUUGGAAUACAGCUGUAAGAUCUUAGCUGAGAAAGGAGAUGUUAAUGCCUCAAAGUUAUUCAGCGAAGAAGCAGCAAAUAUGUUUGAACGUGCAACAAGCAGUUUGCUAAGCAAAAACAUGCUGCUUUAUUUUGCUUAUGCUGACUAUGAAGAAGGUCGUUUGAAGUACGAGAAAGUACACCAGAUUUACCAGAAGUAUUUGGAGAUCAAGGAUAUUGAUCCCACAUUGGCUUACAUCCAAUACAUGAAGUUCGCCAGACGCGCCGAAGGCAUCAAAUCGGCCAGAGCCGUUUUCAAAAAAGCCAGAGAAGACAAUCGCUCUCUGUACCACCUCUUCGUCUGCGCUGCUCUCAUGGAAUACUAUUGCAGCAAAGACAAAAACAUCGCUUUCAGGAUUUUCGAGCUCGGCCUGAAAAAAUUCGGCGCCAUUCCCGACUACAUCACCUGCUAUAUCGAUUAUCUGUCGCAUUUGAACGAGGACAACAACACCAGAGUGUUGUUCGAGAGGGUUUUGUCCUCCGGGAGCUUGGAACCGGAGAAGUCUGUUGACAUCUGGAAUAAAUUUUUGGAAUUCGAAUGUAACAUUGGAGAUCUCCAGUCCAUUGUCAAAGUUGAAAAGCGCAGAUCCGAAGUGCUGUCGAAAAUCAAAGAGUUUGAAGGAAAAGAAACUGCUCAGCUAGUGGACAGAUACAAGUUUUUAGACCUUUACCCUUGUACUGCACAAGAACUGAAAAGUAUUGGGUAUACUGAAGUUAUUAACAUCACAGGAGCGGGCAAAAAUCUCUUACUGCAAUCGAUAAUAGAGAGCGAUUCAGAUUUGCCACUACCAGUUCCUGAUUAUUCACAAAUGAUUCCUUACAAACCGAAAUCGAACACUGUGAUGCCUGGAGAACACCCUGUACCAGGCGGUACGUUUCCCCCACCACCUGCAGCAUCCCAUCUUUGUACUCUUUUGCCGCCGCCGAGUUGCUUCCGAGGUCCAUUCGUCCAUAUCGAUAUUCUCAUGGAUAUUUUCAACAGGAUAUACCUGCCUGAGACAUUCCCUGCCCCCUCUGAGAGCGCCGGCGACGUCAGAUUGUUCGAUCUGGCCAAAUCGGUGCACUGGAUCGUGGAGGAGGGAGGCAGCAUCGGUCUGAAAAGGAGGAAACGCGUGGGGGGCAUGGACGGCUCCGACGACGAAGACACCCCACUUCCCCCCAUGAACGACAUUUACAGGCAGCGGCAACAGAAAAGGGUCAAAUAG